AUGCCUCCGCACAAGGCCGAGUCCAAGUUCGGCCACCUGCCCCUCAGCACAAACGGCCCGCUCGAGUGCGCCAUCAAGGGCACUGUCCUGCUGAACCAUCCCUACUUCAACAAGGGCUCGGCCUUCACCGCCGACGAGCGCCGCGCCUUUGAGCUGUCGGGCCUCUUGCCCCCGAGCAUUCAGACACUCGAGCAGCAGGUGCAGCGGGCCUACGACCAGUACCGUGCGCAGCCCGACGACCUGGCCAAGAAUACCUUUCUGUCGUCCAUGAAGGAACAGAAUGAGGUGCUUUACUUCAAGUUGUUGCUGGAUCAUCUCGAGGAGAUGUUCAGUGUUGUCUACACGCCCACUGAAGGGGAGGCUAUCCAGAAUUACUCGCGCAUCUUUCGGAGGCCUGAGGGACUGUUUCUGAACAUCUACGACAUUGACAGAGUGCAUCACGACCUGUCGUUGUGGGGAACGGCAGAAGACAUAGACUACAUAGUCGUCACCGACGGCGAGGAGAUCCUUGGCAUCGGCGACCAGGGAUGCGGCGGCAUCUUGAUAUCCAUCGCCAAGCUCGUGCUCAUGACCAUAUGCGCCGGGAUUCACCCAAACCGGGUGUUGCCUGUGGUGUUGGACUGCGGCACCGACAACGAGACCCUCUUGAACGACGCCCUCUACUUGGGCGUCAAGGAAAAAAGAGUGCGAGGCCAGAAGUAUGACGAGCUUGUCACGACGUUUAUCAAGUCUGCACGCGAGUUAUUCCCAAAGGCCUACAUCCAUUUUGAGGACUUUGGCGUCCAAAACGCGCAACGACUGCUCGACAAGUGGCGACCGGAAAUUCCCUGCUUCAACGAUGACGUCCAGGGAACAGGGUGUGUGACCCUCGCGGCGAUACUCUCUGGCUUGCAUGUGUCGAAGCAGAAGCUGGACGAUCUUCGCAUGGUUGUGUUUGGCGCAGGGACCGCCGGCGUUGGUAUCGCAGACCAGGUUCGUGAUGCCAUUGCCGUGGAGCGAGGGGUCAGCAAGGAAGAAGCCGCGAGGCAGAUAUGGCUUGUCGAUAAGCCUGGCCUCCUCACGGCGCGGGUCGAAGGGCUCUCGGACGCACAGAAAACUUACGCAAGGUCAAAGGACUGGAGCGAUGAAAAGACUGACCUGUUAGGGGUUGUGAAGGAAGUCAAGCCGAACGUGCUCAUUGGCACAUCCACAGUCCCCAAAGCCUUUACCGAGAAGGUCGUCCGUGAAAUGGCAUCGCACGUUGACCGCCCCAUCAUCCUCCCGCUCUCCAACCCGACGAAGCUUCACGAAGCUGUGCCUGCGGAUUUACUUGCAUGGACUGACGGCAAGGCACUAGUAGCAACAGGCAGCCCGUUCAAACCAGUCAAGGGCCCCUGGGGGCCAGAUGGCAAAGAGGUCGAAAUUGAGGUGGCCGAGUGCAACAACAGCGUCGUCUUUCCGGGUAUCGGGCUCGGGGGCGUGCUAUGCCGGACCAGGCUCGUCACAGACAAAAUGCUCAUUGCAGCGGUGAAGGGGGUGGCCGAGCUCAGCCCGGCACUCAAGGACGACACCGCUCCGUUGCUGCCAGGCGUCGACGUUGUGCGCGAAGUGAGUGUGAGGGUUGCGCGGAAGGUGAUCCAAGCCGCAGUCGAGGAAGGAGUUGCCACGCAAGAAGGCAUCCCAAAGAAUGAUGCUGAGCUGGUUGAAUGGAUCAGAGAGCAAAUAUGGGAGCCGGUGUACAGGCCGCUGAAGCGUGGUGCCCCUGGUGGCAAGCUCAAGAUGACCCUGGGUCUCCCAGUCGGUGCCAUCAUGAAUUGCGCUGACAACUCUGGCGCGCGGAACCUUUACAUCAUCUCGGUCAAGGGUAUCGGUGCCCGCCUCAACAGGUUGCCCGCUGGUGGUGUCGGCGACAUGGUGAUGGCCACAGUCAAGAAGGGCAAGCCCGAGCUCCGGAAGAAGGUCCACCCCGCCGUCAUCGUCCGCCAGGCCAAGCCGUGGAAGCGCUUCGACGGUGUCUUCCUCUACUUCGAGGACAACGCUGGUGUGAUCGUCAACCCCAAGGGCGAGAUGAAGGGCUCUGCCAUCACCGGGCCCGUCGGCAAGGAGGCCGCCGAGCUCUGGCCCCGUAUUGCCAGCAACUCUGGUGUCGUGAUGUAA